AUGGCCAUGGUGGUGGGCGAUGCCGCCACGGCGGCGGCCAAUGUCGCCGCCAAGGCGAAGGCGGCGGUCGUCGGCGCAGCAGCAACCGUAGUGGAGGCGGUGCCCAGUGCAGAGACUCUUCAAGGGCUGAAGCUGAAGACAGCGGAAAAAGUGGACAAGGUGGGCGGCGCCCUCAAGAAGAAGUGGAACAGCCUGCGGCUGAAGAAGGAGACGAUGGAGAGUUCUACCACUUCGACCACUGAAGUUGCUCCGAGGACAGCUGAAUCAGAACCGGUGGUCACCAGUACUUCUUCGCCCGUUACCACUUCGACGAUGGCCACUUCGAUGAUCUCCACGACCACUACGACGACCACGAUGAAAGCCCCUUCUCCUGCUACAAGCAAGCCAAAAUCGAAGCCGCCGACGUAUCCCUUCCUAAUGCCCUUCUUCCGCAUCAACAGCAACUUUCCGUGGAUUUGGAACUUGUAG